UUCGCCAAUAACAACAAUUCAACAUUUGAGAAAUCCAGGAUUAGAAGAAUACGCGCUCUUCGCAUUACCGUUUUUCAGGUUUUCUCUCUCUAUUUAUCCUCCUUUCCACACCAAUUUAACCAACUCUUCUUCGUCUCCAACAAUCAACAUCACUAAUUUUCCACAUUCAUUCAUCAAACAGGACAGAAUGAUAGCGGUUGAUCAGGUACGAGCAUACACGAUUAAAUCUCAUGGAGCCACAAUAGCAAGAACGCACCUCCAUGAUUGGUUAAUUUUGGUACUUUUGGUGGUCAUUGAUAUCAUUUUGAACAUCAUAAAUCCAUUUUAUCGCUUUGUUGGAAAGGAUAUGAUGACAGAUCUUAGGUAUCCUUUAAAACCUAAUACAGUUCCAGUAUGGGCAGUUCCUAUUUAUGCAGUUUUGAUGCCUAUAGUUAUAUUCAACAUCCGCUACUUUAAGAGACGAGAUGUCCAUGAUUUACACCAUGCUGUUCUUGGCCUGUUGUAUUCAGUGCUGAUUACUGGCGUUAUUACAGAUUCCAUAAAAGAUGGAGUUGGCCGGCCUAGGCCUGACUUCUUUUGGCGUUGCUUUCCUGAUGGCCAGGAUUUUUAUGAUCUCUUUGGUGAUGUAAUAUGCAAUGGCGAUGCUAGUGUGAUAAAGGAGGGGCACAAGAGUUUUCCAAGUGGUCAUACUUCAUGGUCAUUUGCAGGACUUGGAUUUCUAUCAUUUUAUUUGUCGGGAAAAAUCCAAGCAUUUGAUCGAAAUGGGCAUGCAGGCAAGCUAUGCAUAGUGUUCCUCCCUCUCCUUAUGGCAGCACUUGUAGGUGUCUCUCGAGUUGAUGAUUAUUGGCAUCAUUGGCAAGAUGUCUUUGCAGGAGCUUUAAUAGGCCUUACCAUUUCUUUCGUUUGCUACCUCCAAUUCUUCCCUGCACCACACCAUACCAAAGGUUGGGGACCUUAUUCAUAUUUUAGAGCAUUAGAUGAAGAAACGCAAAGAGAGAGUCCUAGUACAAAUGGAAUGAAUUUGGCACUUGUACAUCAACGACAGGAUCACGAAAUCACUAUUGAUUGACAUUUUUUGGGGUGUCGAAUAUUUUUAACAUGUUUCUUGUAAAUUCUAAUCUCACUUGUACUUCAUUCUUCAAUUUUGUUCUUCACAUUGUAGUAGUAUGUUUUAUGGGAUGCUGAAAUGUGAAUAAUGUUUGAUCCUAGGAAUUCAGAUUCCACAUGCUAUAUACUAUAUCCAAUCGAGUAAUUUCCUAAUCGGGUGUUUAAUUAUACGAAGUAUUUUUCAGGUUCCA